AUGAAAACUCACCUUACUUGCUUUCUUCUACUUUUCUUCUCGACAUUAUUAUACACUGCAAAUGCCGAAUUAGAUAGACCGACAAAUGACGCACCUCGUGAUGACUCGGAUGUUUGGCUAGUUGUUGUUUUGUGCGCUUUGAUUUGCUUUGCUAUGCGUCAUGCGAAUGACUUCUACGCUGGAGAAACAAUUACGCUUGUUGAGGAAGGCGUUUGGAGUGGUCGAUUCCGUCACAAGGUCGAACAUCGUGUGUUAACCAGCAUUGAGAAGGAUUUUAACGACAUGUAUGAACAACUCAAGGACAAGGAAGAAGAACGAAUUCAAGCGCAAAACAGUAACAAACCGUGA